UCACCAGAACAUCGGUUCGCCGCUUGUUUCCUGUUGCAGCAAGGAGAGCGGCGGCGGCGGCGUCGAGGCACACAGGGACGACUUAACACCUCCACAAAUUCCACUAUACAAUGAAACUAUCGGCAAUAUUACCCUUUCUCUGUGAUCGCAUCAUCUGCAUUACACUGCUGGUGAUGGGCCUUUCCACUCCGGGACAAACAGAAAUCACCAGUCUGGACUCGGGCAACAUUGACGACGUCCUAAACAACGCUGGGGUUUCCUUAGUCAACUUUUAUGCAGACUGGUGCAGAUUUAGUCAGAUGCUCCAUCCCAUUUUUGAGGAGGCGUCGAACAUCGCGCGGGAGGAGUUUCCCGACACCAAGCAAGUGGUGUUUGCACGCGUGGACUGUGAUCAACAUUCGGUCAUCGCCCAGCGCUACCGCAUCACCAAGUACCCCACGCUCAAGCUGUUCCGCAACGGGAUGAUGAUGAAGCGGGAGUACAGGGGUCAGAGGUCGGUGGCGGCCAUCGCAGACUUCAUACGCCAGCAGCAGGUGGACCCUGUGAAAGAGAUUCACUCGCUGGAGGAGCUGAAAGCUGUGGAUAGAAGCAAAAGGAACAUCGUAGGUUACUUUGAGAAAAAGGACUCGGACAACUACCACUCCUAUGAAAAAGUUGCCAACAUCCUUCGAGACGACUGCGUCUUCAUGGCUGCUUUUGGUUCAGCAUCCGAGUCGGAGCGCUUCAGCGGCGACAACGUCAUCUACAAGCCGGUGGGGGAGAGCGUCCCCGACAUGGUCUACCUCGGCUCCCUUACCAACUUUGACCUGACCUACGCUUGGGCCCAGGACAAGUGUGUGCCUCUGGUCAGGGAGAUCACUUUUGAAAACGGAGAGGAGCUCACCGAAGAGGGGAUCCCGUUCCUCAUCUUGUUCCAUCUCAAGGAAGACAACGAGAGCUUAGAGAAGUUCCAGCAUGAAGUAGCCCGACAGCUCAUCAGCGAGAAAGGGUCGAUCAACUUCCUGCACGCGGACUGCGACAAGUUCCGCCAUCCUCUCCUCCACAUCCAGAAGACUCCGGCCGACUGUCCCGUGAUCGCCAUCGACUCGUUCAGGCACAUGUAUGUGUUUCCUGACUUCAGAGACAUCGAUGUUCCCGGCAGACUGAGACAGUUCGUGUUGGACCUUCACUCCGGAAAGCUGCACAGAGAAUUCCACCACGGCCCCGACCCCACGGACAGCACGCCCGGACAGGAGGAAUCUGAUGUGGCCAGCAGCCCCCCGGGGAGCUCCUUCCAGAAACUGGCGCCCAGCGAGACCCGCUACACCAUCCUCAGACGGGACCGCGACGAGCUGUGACCUCAGACGGCGCCUUCCCAAGUCACCCCUUUUGACUCGAUGCCGCGCCUCGGUGGGUGGGUUGGGGUGGGGGGGGAUGGGGAGGGGGUGACUCUGGGCAGGACAGGCCAAGCGGGACGGAUCAGCAACACCCAACACCCUUACUGAAGAGACAGCGAUGAAGAAGAACCGGAGAAGGUAAAAGAGUCCAUGUUGGAAGAACAUAUAUUUUCUUAAAACAUUUUUAUUUGGGAUUUUUGAGGGAGGAGGAAUGUGCGUGCAGGGGUCGAAAAAAAGGUCUUUUUACUUUUUUUUGUUUGUUUUUUUUUGAGCUUGUACAUAUGUUCCAUGGCAUUUUGUUGAUCUAAAUUAAAUGGUUUUCUUUAUUUUUAUUCCACCCCUUCCACUCCAGUCGUUCUCAUCCGUGGCUACGUCUUUUCAAAGCUCCGUCUUCUCAGCCACGCUAGAUGCUAAAUGCUAUAGCAUUACCAACAUACGUCGUAGCUAAGAUAGACAGCUAUUUGGUACUAUUACACCUUUUUAUUUACAGUGCCUAGAAAUAGAAAUGCCCCCCUUUUGCUUUUCUUUUUGUUGUUGUUGCAAAACGGUGGGUGUAAUUUAGUUUUCCUUGAAUGAAAUGUCAGGAAGAUGCUAUUUAAAGGCACAACGGUUCAUAUAAAAAAAAGCACCUUUUGGAUUAUUUUCCAGUUGUUUUUCAACCCCUUGUCUAUUAAACACGCUAAAGUAAAGACUAAUGUAAUGUAGGUCAAGGUGUGUUAAAUAUAUUUCACCUUCUAGGUAGAAAAAAAACAAGUGUGAUGUCAUAUAUAUGUAAGUUUGUUUUCUUUAUUUUUUUUAUUUUAAUGAGCAAUGGGCCAUAAAUGGUUUCGAGGCCAGAGUUUGGACACCCGUGCUGGAACUCACUCAUAGUGCCACGUGUAUGAAUCGUAGUAACAGCAGACAUGCAUUAAAAAGCCCAAAAUUGUGUGCCAUGUGACGCAAAAUUUGACCCCCCCCCUUGCAGAAAUUUCACUUUAAAAACUUUAAAUUACCUCCACUGUGAUGCAAAGUGAAAGGAUGCUCUUCUAGGCAAGUGUUUUGUGUUCAAGCGUACAUUUUGUACAUUCGUAUGUUGUCUCCAGACAGCGAGAGGAGCCCCCCCCAAGCGCCCCCCCCACCCGGCUGUUUGAUUUGUGUCUUUUCAAUAAGUCCUUAUAGUACAAUCCCUCAAGACGGAUCCAAAAGUGGACUUGGGAGGACGUAGUGGACUGGUUGCUAAGUUGAUAUCCUGUCCUUUUAGAGGCCAAGAGACAUUGGGACAUAUCAGCCCCCCC